AAAUAUGGGAGGAGAAAAGAUAGAUAUUGCAGUUACAAAACUUGAAUUCAUGCAUCAUGUCCCGGAGAAAAUAUGGGACAAACUCCAUUGGAUCGAUACUCUCUGUCCUGAUGAAAGCGGCUGGUCAAAGCCCCUCCGACGACGAGACCCAGGGCCCUCACUUACCAGGCUAACAUCAACGGCAAGAUCUACGUCAUGAGACGCGGUGUCACGGAUGUUUUGGAGAAUCCUGAGCUGAAUUGCUGGCGAAGCUUGAAGCUGCCUCUGGUGGAAACCACUCUGUCGGGGCACGCUGUUCUUGACGGCGGUGGCAAGCGGUUUCUGGUGAAUUACCCUCUCUUGGGCGCGCUCUACAAGUUCGACACCAUGCGGAACACGUGGUCCGUUCACGACUUGGAUUGUGGUAGAAUUGAUUACAAAACAGCCUCUGUUGAUAGUAAUUUGUUCUGCUUCCUUCCUGUUCCUUCCAGCAGGGGCAUUUAUGGUUACCUUGUUUCGGAUAGUAAACCUUUUGGAUCACCAAAAGCGGUGUUAGGUUUGGAGGUGUUGGAUUUGAUAUCGGCGGAGAAGGAUGAUUAUGUCAUGGAUUAUGUUCCUAGGGCGUUGCUUAAUGCAGGCGACGGAAAGCUGUGUGCUAUAUACACUCGAGAUUUAGGUGUUGGAUCUGGAAACAUCAAGGUUUACUACCUUAAAUUUCGCGUCUCUAAGGAUUUCGAUGAAGUAUCGGGUGAAACUAAUUUCAUGGCUGAGAAUCCAGUACUAUCCCAUUACUAUUGCGAUGGCGUCGUCAAUUUAUUUGACGCCGUGUCUGUGUUUCCAUAUGAAGGAAUGAAGACAGAAAAUGGUGUUGGCGUCGAGGAUAAGAUGACUUCAACAACAGCCAUGGAAAUCCGGAGCUGCAAAGACCAAGUUCAAGGAGGUGGCAACAAUAUGACCAGCAGCAUCAAUCAACCGGAAGAAGAAAAACAAGACGAAUACGAAGAAAUAGAAUAACACUAACUCCACCCGCAACAAGGAAAUUGAUAUUAAGAACAAGAACGAGAUGGUGUUUGUUCGUGUUAGUGAGAUUGAUGCUUUUUUCUGCUAUGAAGAUGACCUUUGUUAUUGGCGCUUUCUGUUAAAAAAGAACUGGUCUAAAACUAUGUAUGGCUUCCUUUUCUUGCAUUUGUAUUGUACAUACUAAA